AUGCAAGCAAUUAAGAAUUUGAAUAGAAUCCUAGACCCCUACAACGAGAAGAAGUUAAGACAAAUUGGAGAAAUGGCUGUGAGAUUAUCACAUGCUUCCAAGGUAGAUUCAACUGCUAAUGCAGCUAUUGCAAAAGUGGUGGAAAAAGGCUUAAGCACUGCAUUUACUGAAUUCUCUGAACUGGAUGAAGAAGGAUUUUUAAAAGUAUAUAGUAAUUAA